AUGCUACGCACGCUCGCGCGAGGCGGCGCGGCGACGGUCGGCAUCGGCGGGACAGCCUUGGCGGCGUACGCCUACGGCGAUCCCGGAUUCGGCCGGCAAGUCUCGUUUUGGCGCGUCACUGGGCCGGCGGUGCUGAGCUACGCCGCCUGCUCUGCAAAGCACAAGAAGAGCGACGCUGACACGAAAGCGCGGGCCUUUGCUGCGCUGCACGACCACUAUUCGAAGGUCUCAUUGGACCUGAUCCUGGAGCUUCGAGGGCUGUACAUCAAAUUUGGGCAAGCGGCCGCUUCAAGCCCCUUCGUGCCUCAGGCGUACCGUACGCAGUUCAAGGUGCUGCAGAAUGACGUGCCGAGCGAGGAUUUCGCGGCCAUCAAGCAGGUGGUGGAGGAGGAGCUAGGUCCCCUCGACGAGCUCUUCGAAGAGUUCAGCGAGUCUGCGUGCGGUGCAGCUAGCAUUGGCCAGGCUCACGUCGCCAAGCUGCGGACAACAGGCGAGACAGUCGUCGUGAAGGUGCAGUACCCGUCCGCCGCUCGCAUAUUUUUGGCCGACGCGCAGUGCCUCCGCACGCUCAUUUCCCUAGCCAACCCGGAGGCGCUGCCCGCCUUUGAGGAGUUCGAGAAGCAGCUGGCCCUCGAGCUCGACUACCGCGCGGAGCUCGCCAACCUGACCGCCAUCUUCGACGCCAUUAUGCCUACCUUUGCCGACCGCGUCGUCGUGCCGCGGGCGCACAGCACGCUCAGCACGGGCAGGGUGCUCACUUUAGAGUACCUGCCUGGGCCGAAGCUCGAGGGCGAGAUGCGGCGGCAGAUGGCCGAGCUGGGGAUGCGCGUCGACGAAUCUGAGUCGAUGCGCGACUGGAUCCAGCGCCUUGAGGCGCAGACGACGCAGCCGGCAACGGAGGCCGACGACGACGAACGAGAGCCGUGGCGCGCGUGGCUGGGGCGUGUCGGCGCGCGCGUGGUGGGCAUCGACGCGGCGCUGUGGGUAGUUGGCAAGGUCCACGGCUUCGAGAUCUUUGUGCACGGGCUCUUCAAUGCGGACCCUCACCCGGGGAAUCUCAUCGCGAUGGGCGAUGGGAAGGUCGGGCUGAUCGACUACGGUCAGUGCAAGCGUCUGGAGGAGGGGCCAAGACGAGCUAUUGCGGAGCUCAUGGUCAAGGUGGCCGACGACGCGCCGCACGCAGAGGUGGCGGCGGCGUUUCGCCGCGUGGGCGUGCGCACGGAGCAUGGAGGCGACGAGUUCCUCGGCAAAAUGGCGCGGCUGAUGUUUGGGCGCGUCUCGGUCGAAAUGCUCGAGCCCAAGUGGCACCGCGAUCUGCACAAGACCGACAAGAUGACGCAUUACCCGCCCGACCUGCUCAUGGUGCACCGCGUCGCCCUCAUCCUCCGCGGCCUCAGCGUCGCGUGCCGCGAAAACGUGUCGAUUGCCGAGCUUUGGCGUCCGCAUGCCGCGGCCGCCUUGGACGCCGGGCCGGACUGA